UUUACAGACAUCCGGGGGAAACAUGGACGACUCCACUGGCAGUAAUCCCCAAUCUCAUGGUUUUACAGACAAGUUAAAGUCUUGGCUCUCCUGGUCGUGGACGUACGUGUGCUUCGUGUGGUUCGGCAUGGUUCUCAUCAUGAUAUACGUGUUGUGGAGCCCGCUCAAACUGCAGGAAAGCCUGACUUCUGCAUCACUUUUUUUGAACACUUUGACUCCGAAAUUCUACGUGGCUCUCACCGGGACAUCUUCCCUCAUCUCUGGACUCAUCCUUAUAUUUGAGUGGUGGUACUUUCGGAAGUAUGGGACUUCCUUCAUAGAGCAAGUCUCGGUCAGCCACCUGCGCCCCCUGCUGGGUGGAGUAGAAAGCACCUCCACUACUGGUCUCUUCUCGUCAGUCAACGGAGAGGCAGAGCCGAGACCCAGUGUGUCAGAGUGCAAAGUCUGGAGGAAUCCUUUGAAUCUGUUCAGAGGAGCAGAAUACAACAGGUACACGUGGGUGACCGGGAAGGAACCACUGACGUACUACGACAUGAACCUGUCUGCUCAGGACCAUCAGACCUUUUUUACAGGAGACACUCAGCAAUUAAGGCCAGAGGAUUCAGUCAUGCAGAAGGCCUGGAGGGAGAGAAAUCCUCAAGCCAGGAUUAGAGCAGCUUACCAGGCCAUAGAGAUGAACCACGAAUGUGCUGCAGCCUACGUGCUUCUGGCAGAAGAAGAAGCCACAACAAUCACAGAAGCUGAGCGCCUCUUUAAAAAAGCUCUAACUAUUGCAGGCAAAGAUAUCAACUUACUGGUUUACAUUAAACGCAGACUGGCCAUGUGCGCACGCAAGCUGGGACGCAUUAAAGAGGCUGUGAAAAUGAUGCGAGAUUUAAUGAAGGAGUUCCCAUUGUUGGGGAUGUUAAAUAUACAUGAAAACCUCCUGGAGGCGCUCCUCGAGCUUCAAGCAUAUGCUGAUGUGCAGGCUGUCCUCGCCAAAUAUGACGACAUCAGCCUCCCGAAGUCAGCCACAAUAUGCUACACGUCCGCACUCUUGAAAGCGCGGGCCGUGUCGGAUAAGUUCUCCCCAGAGGCGGCGUCCAGGCGGGGGCUCAGCACAGCAGAGAUGAACGCUGUUGAGGCCAUUCAUAGGGCUGUGGAGUUCAAUCCGCAUGUGCCAAAGUACUUGUUAGAGAUGAAGAGCCUGAUCCUGCCUCCAGAACACAUCUUGAAGCGGGGUGACAGUGAGGCUGUGGCGUAUGCUUUCUUCCACCUGCAGCACUGGAAGAGGGCCGAAGGAGCCUUAAACCUCCUCCACUGUACAUGGGAGGGCACCUUCAGGAUAAUUCCUUACCCACUAGAGAAGGGUCAUCUGUUCUACCCUUACCCAGGAUGCACAGAAACAGCAGAUCGAGAGCUGCUACCAUCAUUCCAUGAGGUGUCGGUGUAUCCAAAGAAAGAGCUUCCUUUCUUCAUCCUCUUCACCGCAGGCCUUUGCUCUUUCACCGCCAUGCUGGCCAUGCUUACGCAUCAGUUCCCGGAGCUCAUGGGUGUCUUCGCCAAAGCGUUCUUCAGCACACUCUUCGCACCCCUGGGCUUCUUCGCAGACAAGAUGGAAAGCUUCAUGCCGUCCAGUUUCUGGCACCAACUGACUCGGAUCUGACCCCAACACACAUACACACGGUCUCCUGUCCUCAGCAUGUUUGGCCAUGUGCUGCAUUGUUACCGAUUACAUUUGUCGUAUCAACAGCAGUAGCGGUACCACUUUUUAGAAAGACGCUCGUUCUCGCUCUUCCAUCUGCCUGUAGCAUGUUCAAGAAGUCACUGAAUGUGCAACAUCUUCAUUUAAUUUGUCUCAAGGAAAGGGAGGGUUGAGAUGGUUCUCGUGUUUUUCGAUGUUUGGAGCAGAAUUAGGCUGGCUAUUUCAUAUAAAGUAUAUGACAAGACGCAGUAUUCUUGUGGUAAUACAGCGAUAAUGUGAUAUUCAAUACAUUACACACGCCGUGUGUGCGUCCAAGAAUGUGAAGGAACCACUUCAUACACAAUAACUAAAAAUGUGAUUAAGUGCCUUUUUAUUCUCAUUCUAACUUGGCAUUUACCCAUCUCUGGAUUCUAAUUGUCUUGAUUGUACCUAACCCAAUUGACAGUGGUAAACAAUGCUACCAGGAGACAAAAAAACACUCUACAGUACAGGAGUGUGUUUAGUAAAAGUUUAAAAUAUCCAAAUAAAUAAUACACAGUACAUACUGAAGACAGGAGACUGUGCCAACUGUCAUGUUUGAAAGCGCUUGAAACAAAAUAGACAUUAAAAUGAUGCCUGUGAAAGUCUUAAUAUUUGCUUUUUGUGUUUUUUUUAUGAUGGUGUUCUGCUUUUUUUCUUUAAGUGCACAUUUGUAGCGUUUGGUACUCUUUCCAAAGGAAAUGCUUCGACUAGCAGUGAGUGUAUGGAGUUCAUAUAUCAGACAUAACAUUAAGGAGUGGGACAGGAUGACAUAAACAUUAAGAAAAUUGGCUAACACUACUACACUCACAUUUAAAGGGGACCUAAAAUGCUUUUAUUUUCACACGUGUAGCAAAGCCUGGGGUCUGUAAAGGGACGGUAUCAUGUCUGUAAGGAAGGAGACUUGUCCAUCAAAAGCCACAACUUCUUAAGCCAGAAUUUGAGCGUGUCUU